UUUAGCAUGAUCUUGCUCACAUAUACAAUGCUGCUGCUAACAGCCAACGCGGCAUGCCUGCUGUCAUGAAAAUAAAAAUAAAUCGAAAGUUUAAUUUCUAAUUAUGGAACGGCCAACACAUCAUAUUAACCUCUCGCUCUGUUGUAUUUUUGUUUUUUAUUAUUAAGAUGAUCGUUUUGAAUUUUUGCACUGGUAUUAAUAAAUAAAAUAAUCCGGUCAGCUCCCCUGUCGUCCCCGCAUCUCAGAUCGUCAAAUGCUGACGAGAAAUAAUUGUUUGCUUUAUGAUUUCGCCUUUCUACUCUCAUUAGUCUGUUAAGAAAAAUGUAGACAUAUUGCGACAUCUCCCGUGUCCGCGCGCUUUGUUUUUGGGGCGCUUGAGUAGCACAUGAUGGACGGAUUGACAUAAUUUGUCAAACCAACCGACACCCUCUGACACGGGGAAAAAAAAAAAAAAAAAAACACUCGGAAAAAAUUGACAUGUAUAUACAGUUUCAUUGCAAAUCAGUAUUAUGGUGAUCAUACUAAAUAUUAUUUUUUUUCUGUGCACAUAUGAGGUACAUAUCGCUGCCAUGAAGCCUCCAUAUAGUGACAGUUCUCUGCCCGCUUCACUGCCGUCACGCGACCGCAGCUCAGGUUUUGCUUGCCUCGUAGCUACGCGUGUUUUAAAUUACUGUAAAUUUGAUAGUAUAUCGUCAUAGGCACAGUCCCGAGUCUGUUGAGAAAAGUAGAACACUAAACCAUGCUCGCUAGAUUUGUGUGGUGUUUUUGUCUUUUUGAGCAGCAUUUGAUAGGCUCCACGUUAACAAAUAUGUGACAAAGUCGUUUCCUUUCAUUUUAUGACUCGUUCACCGCAUAGUCAUUACUGGAAAGUCAAGUUAGCAGCAAGCUAGGUCAGGAACCGGAGGACCGAAUCACUGAACGGGAAGUGACAAAACUCAGUCUUUCCCCCCUGCCUGCACGCUGGCUGCUUAUUGGCCACACGUGGAAAUGAGUGACAUACGCCAUGAUUCUGUUUCCGCUCCCUCCCCUGCCCGCGAUGAGGCUGGCGUCUGAUUGGUCGUGUGCGAUGUCAGAAGACGCUGCCGCUUGCUCAACGCCCUCCCACGCAGCGAACAAGCGCCACCAACUUCAUAGAACGAAUCAGUGCAGAUGGUGAUUAGUUCGGUCUCGUUCACCCAAACAAUUCGUUCAAAAAGAACGAAUCGUUCGCGACCGAUACAACACUAGUGCCGAACCGAGCCACUCUUCUUGACAAAGGCAAAACAUCUCCGUCCGUGUCACUUUGGCUUGACAGCAGUAUGAAGCCUCGACACGUCCAGCAAUUUCAAAAUCAUACAGUCAAUCUUUUUGUUCGUCGUUUCGGCACAAGUUGAAGCCAAGCGUCUUGGCCUCGCUCAUAGUAGCCUAGCUUGGUUUGUUAGCAGCCAGUGUCUGAGAUAACUCGGCACCGAAAGCAGGGAUCGAGUGUGAGCCUAAUCUGGUGUCCCGGUACCGUGGGAAUGCGUAGAAAGACAAAAUCAGUAAAGUACGAGGAGGAUUUCUGUGGCUCAAAUGACGGCAACGAGCGACAACAGCAACCCAGUAUUCUUUACAGAGAUGUCACCAAAGGUGUUCAUCUUAAGGGACAGUCCUUUCCCAUUAAAGCUGAAAUGGAAGAUGAAAAAGUCUUUCACAUUAAAGAUGAAGAGGAGUCGCACUGUCAUUUCAUUAAAAAAGAGGCAGUUGAAGAACACCCCUACGUUAAAGUGGAGAAGGACCACUUCCUUACCAAUGACGGAGAAAAACCUCCCUAUUUCAAAGAGGAAGAGGAGCGCAUCAAUACAUUUCCAUUAAUUCCGGUGCCUAUUACAAGUGAUCAAGACAGAGGGGCAGCAAGCUACAGCAGCUCAAGUACACAUAUGACAACAGAAGGUUGUGGAUCCCAAGAAGACAAAGCUCCACUAUCAGAUAACAACGACACGUCAUACUCUCCAAAUACCGAUGACGAUAGACUUCCUGAAGUUCAAAAGGCAGGUCAGAAUGACGACAAACAAUGGAAAUGUGUUCAGUGUGGGAAAACAUUUACUUACAAUUACCUUUUGAAAAGGCAUGUGAUGAGCCACACUGGAGAGAAACCUUUUGCCUGCUCAGUUUGUGAGCAAAGAUUUUCCCAGAAGGAUCGCCUAAAAAUACACAUGAGAAAACACACUGGAGAGAAACCCGGCUCAGUUUUGGGUCAAAAAUUCUCUCAGGAGGGAGCCUUAAUACAUCACGAUAAAAAAAACCCUGAGGAUAAACCUUUUUCUUGCUCAGUUUGCAAUCAAAGAUUUUCUCAGAGGAGUUCCUUAAAAAUACAUGCAAGAAAACAUACUGGGGAGAAACCAUUUGCCUGCUUGGUUUGUGGUAAAAGAUUCGCUCAGAGGAGUUCCUUAAAAAUACACACAAGAAUGCACACUGGAGAGAAACCUUUCGCCUGCUCAGUCUGCGGCCACAAGUUCUACAGAAAAGGACAUGCGACAAGGCACAUACGAACGCACACUCAGGAAAAACCUUUUUCUUGCGCCGUUUGUGGUCAAAGCUUCUAUGAAAAGGGACUCUUAGCAACGCACACAAGAAUACACACGGGUGAGAAACCCUUUUCUUGCUCCGUUUGUGAUCAAAGAUUCUCCGAGAAGGGACACCUCACAACACACACGAGAACACACACUGGAGAGAAACCGUUUGCCUGCUCGGUUUGUGGUCAAAGAUUCUCUAAAAAAGGGAAUUUAAAAACACACACAAGAACACACACUGGUGAGAAACCCUUUUCCUGCUUAGCAUGUGGACAGAGGUUCUCUCAGAAGCAUCAAGUGAAGAGACACAAAUGUGUUUGUGAAAAUGGCACUGAAGUUUGCUGCUGACAUGGAGAAAAGGUCUGUGGUCCGAUGAAACACAAAUUGAGCUAUUUGGCCACAAACUGAGUAAUAUGUUUGAAGGAAAAAUUAUUUGAACCCGAGAACACCAUGCUUGGUAUCGAGUUUGGCGAUGGUAAUAUUUUGCUAUGGAGCUGUUUUUCCACCAAUGGAACUGAUGCGUUACAGUAAGUAAAUGGGAGAACGAAAAUGGAGGAUAACCUUCAAAUUCUUUAACAUGUACAGUUAUUGCAGUAAGGCUUAUUAAUUUAUGUAUGUCCAAAUACCUUCACCUUGAAAAGUCGUUGGGGUCCAACAAAAGGCCAUCUUUCCUGGUUUUUCAGAACCCAUCCUGAUUUAAAAACCAAGGCAUACAACCUGAAGAACUUUUGUGUUAUCUUUAUAUCUGAAAGCCAAAUAUCUUGUGUGUACAACAAUAACAAAGAAACUCGCUGUUCCAAUACUUUUGGAAGUGACUGUAUAUAAUCAUCAGCCCGAAGGUUGGGUCUUGAGCGCACUUGGGACAGAACAAUGACCCCCAACACACAUCAAAAGUGAUCAGGAUUUAGAAUGGCUUUCCCAAAGCCACAUUGAGAACAUGUGGUCAAUGCUGAAUAAACAAGUCCAUGUCAGAGAACCAACAAAUCUAUAUAACUGAACUGCAACCACUUAUUCUGUUGACACACAUACAGUAGCUUCAUGGAUCCUUUUUGAAACAAAGAAGUGUCUGUUCCUCUUGGAGAAACAUCAGUUGCAGAUAUCAUUGAAAACUCAAGAGCCAUGCCUUUUUUAUGCUUUUUGCAAGUCUUUUUUAAAUCCACAACUGUAACUAAAGUGGUCUUUCUAAUACUAUUCCAAUUGAGAACGUUUUCUAAAGAAAUUGCUACUGCUAGGUGAUGUAUGUAGCAUUGUGCAUUAGACACCUGACUUUCAAUGGCGUGCUGCACGCAACACGUCACUUUUGCUCAUUAAUAUUCAUGAUGUUAGCAAUCGUUGCUCGGCGGGUCAACCUUCCAUUUGUCCGAAACACUAAAUGCAUGGAAAUAGUGUACAAACGAGAUGUUUACUGAUCUCAGGCCCGGAUCUAGAUUUACACACCAGAGUGGGCACUUAGAAAUCUUGAGGGGGCACCCCCAAUGCAGGCUUUUUUACCCUCUGCAUUUUCCCGGGCUUGGGACCGGCGCAAGUAGGACACUGGCUUUUGUCCCGUUGAGGCUGCAUUAAUUUUUGGGGGGUUUAUUUGUUUUUUUUUGUUUUUUUUCAUCCAUCUAUCGACUUAUUUUUGCAGUCGGCGUGAUGUCACGAUGACGUCAUCUCGCAUAGCAACGUGUCGCCGUUUUGAGAUGGGGGCACGCACAGGUAAACAUCCGUAGACAAACCUUGUCUGAAAUUCAUAUAUUUCAGCUGUGUUUUGCGUCUUUUUUUCAUACAAACGUCUUAAACAUGACUUAUUAACAUCACGAGUCACUGCUGACAGACACGAGGAGGCGAUACAAAUUAAAAUUAGCGUGUAUUGGCCUGCAAACCUGCUCAUACAAAGUCGCAGCUGAUAGCUGGAUAAACAAUCCAAAGGAAUUGGCUGCAGUGGAGUUCGGAAACAUCUACAACUACCUCAUAAAGUCACCCAGUAAGUUGACCUUUAUCAAUGACGUGGAAUAUGUACUGUGUGGAACUAAGAAAACUGGUGGUAUAUACGGAGUGAUUAUUUCUGCCGUAACCGGUAAUUCGCCUCCAAGCGUUAUUUAAGCGUGAACACGUCACAGCAAAAUAACCAAUUCCCACCUGGCCAAUAAUAUACCGAUUGACCAAUCAGAGCAGUGCACCGCUAAAGAAAAAUAACACUUUGCAAGUUUUCGGUUGUGCUAAUAAUAACCACUGCCUAGUCUAUUGAAUCCUAGCAGCUAA